AUGGACUUCACAUACCGCUAUUCGUUCGAGCCUACGGACUAUGACACUGACGGUCUCUGUGAUGGUGUUCCGGUCCGUAUGCACAAGGGUGCAGACUUGGACGAGGUUGCCAUCUUCAAAGCUCAGUAUGACUGGGAGAAGCAUGUUGGUCCUAAGCUGCCCUUCCGGGGUGCAUUGGGGCCAAGACACAACUUCAUCUGUCUUACUCUGCCGGAGUGCUUGCCUGAGAGACUAGAGAUUGUGUCUUAUGCCAAUGAGUUUGCCUUCCUUCACGAUGAUAUUACUGAUGUCGAGUCAGCUGAGACGGUUGCCGCUGAGAACGAUGAGUUCCUUGAUGCCCUUCAACAAGGUGUUAGAGAAGGUGACAUCCAGAGCCGUGAGUCCGGAAAGCGUCAUCUCCAGGCUUGGAUCUUCAAGUCCAUGGUGGCCAUUGACCGUGAUAGAGCUGUGGCCGCUAUGAACGCUUGGGCCACCUUUAUCAACACAGAGCUACAGAUGUCGGUUACAUCCAUCAUGUCCGUGACUUUGACAAACGACAUCUGGUCAUAUGGCAAAGAAGCAGAGGCAGCUGAGAAAUCCGGCAAGCCCGGAGAUUUUGUCAACGCUCUCGUUGUUCUGAUGAGAGAGCACAACUGCUCCAUUGAAGAAGCUGAGCGUCUCUGCAGAGCGCGAAACAAGAUCGAAGUAGCCAAGUGUCUCCAAGUCACAAAAGAGACACGAGAGCGAAAAGAUGUUUCACAAGAUCUCAAAGACUACCUCUACCAUAUGCUGUUUGGUGUCAGUGGAAAUGCGAUCUGGAGCACUCAGUGCCGAAGAUAUGACAUGACAGCGCCUUACAACGAAAGACAGCAGGCCAGACUCAAGCAGACCAAGGAUGAGCUUACUUCCACAUAUGAUCCUGUUCAGGCUGCCAAGGAGGCCAUGAUGGAGUCUACUCGUCCUGAGAUCCACAGACUGCCUACUCCCGAUAGUCCCAGGAAGGAGAGCUUUGCUGUUCGUCCUUUGGUGAAUGGCAGUGGACAAUACAAUGGCAACAAUCACAUCAAUGGAGUCUCCAAUGAAGUUGACGUGCGUCCUUCUAUUGAGAGACAUGCCUCAACCAAGCGAGCUACUUCAGCUGAUGACAUCGACUGGACGGCACAUAAGAAGGUUGAUAGUGGGGCUGACCACAAGAAGACCCUGUCCGAUAUCAUGCUGCAAGAGUUGCCUCCUAUGGAAGACGAUGUCGUCAUGGAACCAUACCGAUAUCUGUGUUCUCUUCCCUCAAAGGGAGUUAGAAACAAGACCAUUGACGCUCUUAACUUCUGGCUCAAGGUUCCUAUUGAGAAUGCAAACACCAUCAAGGCCAUCACUGAAAGCCUUCAUGGAUCAUCACUUAUCCUGAUUAGCCAGCUUAGAAGCCCUAAGGCUUUGAACAUCUUUGUUGAUGAGAUUCGACAACUUUUCAUCGGUCAGGCUUACGAGCUCCAGUGGACCUCUAACAUGAUUUGCCCACCUUUGGAGGAGUAUUUGCGAAUGGUUGACGGAAAAACUGGCGGGUUAUUCCGUCUUCUCACUCGUCUCAUGGCUGCUGAGUCCACUACUGAGGUAGAUGUUGACUUUAGCCGUCUGUGCCAGCUUUUUGGUCGCUACUUCCAGAUCCGAGACGAUUACGCCAACCUCAAGCUCGCAGACUACACCGAACAAAAGGGUUUCUGUGAAGACCUUGACGAGGGCAAGUUCUCACUCCCUCUCAUCAUUGCCUUCAACGAGAACAACAAGGCCCCCAAAGCCGUAGCUCAACUGCGCGGCCUCAUGAUGCAGCGCUGUGUCAACGGCGGCCUCACCUUUGAACAGAAGGUGCUAGCACUGAAUCUCAUUGAGGAGGCUGGUGGAAUUUCGGGCACGGAGAAGGUGCUGCACUCACUUUAUGGUGAGAUGGAGGCUGAGCUGGAAAGGUUGGCUGGUGUCUUUGGGGCGGAGAAUCAUCAGCUUGAGCUUAUUCUGGAGAUGCUGCGUAUAGAUUAG